AUGCAAAAGUUAAAGAAGUUGGUCAAUACCCUCUCUCCGUUACCAACCCAUUCCAUGUUACCAAGCUCCUUAUCAAUGCAGAUUUGCCGAGUGUCAAGGACUUCCUUAACAGGUGGCUUCCAUGAUAUAUUUGUGUUUAAAGUCAUCUCAUUUUUUAUUCCUCUCAUGUGCAAUAUUGAUUCUGAUUUCCUCAUGCAGUUUCCCAAAAAGUUGCUGAAAGGGGCUAUUGCUGUACCACUCAGUGAGAUGAAGAAAAUUCGCGAGAUUACUUUCUGUGCUACUGUUGCAAAAACCAGAAAACUCAUUGCGUCUUCCCACGGAUGGUACUUCCAGUGCUGCCAUGAAUGCACUAAAUCAGUUCGCGGUGACAAACCUCCGUACAAAUGUGAUAAUGGACAUUUUACUGAGGCGGAGAUCUAUAAGUAUAAGAUUGAAGUGGAAGGUUUCUAUUUGCAUACUUCUUGCAAAUUCAUUUUCUGGGAUAGAGAAUGUACCGAAAUCUUACACGUCUCUGCUGCUCAUAUGCGGGAUACAAUGAUAAAGGCUGGUAUCACAGAUCCAUUAGAAUUCCCAUUAGAUCUUGAUGCUAUGUUGGACUUGGAUCUUGCUUUGAGGGUUAAAUGGCAGCCCGGUUGGGACAGCGCCUCGGUUAUAAUGUUCAUUAAAGAUGAUGAGUUUGUAAAACAAUUGAAGGCUCCUUGGGCGGAUACUCAGAUUAAAGAGAGCGUCGAUGAAGCCAAAACUGAUGUUGCAGAUGAUUGUGACGUUCCAACGGACUUAGAGAUAACAUCCAAACAUAACCCGGAGCCUCUAACUCCCACCGUAAAAAGGCAGAAUCAUCAUGGUUCCAGCGAGUCGACAUCUGUAUGUGACGGUGAACUAUCUUCGACCAAAUUGAAGAAGAUCAUCAAGUUGGAGAACAACAAUAUCAUUCCUAUAUGUGGAUAUUACUGCCAUCCUAUGGACAACUUAGCUGUCAGGUCACCUGCUUUUGUGCUUUCCAAUGACUCUUCACAGCACAACAUCACCCCAACUUACCACUCAUUGUUGCGUGAAAAGACUCAUGGAAGCUGA